AUGAUUGGCAUUGGGGUCAACAACAAAGUGCACGCAGAGGAAGCCGGGGUGAACACCUUGGCCGGGUCAUACCAAGACAUUGCUGUCGAUGCCGUUGCCAAAGAACUCGACUACGAAGGAGAGCUGAUGGUGGUCAUUGGGAAAGACGUGAACAGCCCGAAGCCUGAGGACGAUCCUCUAGACUACGUCCACGGGUUCACCGUGGGGCACCGAAGUGUGGAGAAUAUGCAAGAUUCGGAAGAUGUGUUGCCUGAUUCGGCACAGAGUGGAGUCGCCUCCCCCCAGACCCCCGGCCUCUCGUUUAAAACCCCCCAAGGGAAUUUCGAAAAUGGCAUCAUUUCCAAGAUAGGCACCGACUUGGAGGACGCCGCUGGGCUGCCGUCGUUUCGCUUCGGUAGCACGACACUCAUGGGAAUGCACAAUACCCAUGCCAACGCGCAGUUACAAAAGAAGUGGGCCGAAGAGCGGAAAGAUUACCCAAAUGUCAAAAGCAGUCACUUUUCGGCCACGAUCGAUGGCGGGUGGUCCGCCUGGGUCGAAGAGAAUUUCCCUAACAAUGCGGUCAGCUCUCACGGCGUGAUGUUUCGACUGUCUUGUACCCUUGUGCUUGCGGCAGCUUACAUCAACAGGGCCAUCAGCGACGGCGCGGACUAUGUCAAACUCAUACACGAGGGUGGCCGAGCCAUUGGACAGAGCGGCAUCGCGCAAACGAAAGAAGCGGUGCAGGCUGCAGUGGUCAAGGCCGCACACGGAAAAGCAUUCAAUGUCGCCGCCCAUGCGCUAUCCCGACAAGACAACACCGAAUGUAUGAGGGCCGGGUUGGAUGGUUUGACGCAUACCUUUUUGGACGAGCCCAACAACCCCAAAGUCAUCGAGUUGUAUAAAAAGAACAAUGCUUUGGCUCAAUCCGACCCUCGUGGCCGCUGGUUCUCUCACCUGCUGUCUUCUCGCUUGGUGUUUGACGCCAACCUACAUGUUGAACUCGAACUCCUCGUACACAAGGCGGGUCUGACGCCAGUAGCGACGCUCCGAGCCACGACCAGUGUCACUUUCAAACGGUUUUUCCUGGUCUGA